AAUUUUGUAAUUAUGCACUAAAUAUUUGGCAUGAGUUACAAAUCAAGAAUUAAGGAGCACAUCAAGAAUUACGCAUGCACAAAUCCAAAGUUAUGCACGCAUCAAGAAUUACGCACGCGCAAAUAGGGGUGAGACUAUUUUCUCUCCAUAUUGGUCCACACUGUUUGGAGGAGGCUGGGACAGGAUGAAGGUCCAAGGAGACACAUGGACUCAACUUUAAUCGGACUGCCGUCGCAGUAGUGUUCAGCCGCGCAGUUUCUCACUGUUUGGUAACUUAAUAAAAAAAGGAAACAAAAAAUAAAGGAAAAAGUCUUUUGCUCGUGGAGGAGUCGACGAAGCUCAGACACCGGUUGCUCCUCGACUUUGGAACUUUUUUUUGCCUUCCCUGCAUCUGAAUCCCGCUUUGUGAUGUGAAACCGCGAGCAGCGGAGGCAAAUAAAGCACAUUUUCCCACUUUUGAAGCCUUAAAAAUGACCGAGGAGAGCAGGAAUGAGCACAGAGCCGAGAGCGGCAAGGACCUGGAGAAGCAGCUGCGGCUGCGCGUCUGCGUCCUGAACGAACUCCUGAAGACAGAGCGGGAUUAUGUCGGGACGCUGGAGUUCCUCUCUGUGUUUCUACAUCGACUCAACCAGUACGCAGCCACCAAAAUGGACAAGAACAUCACAGAGGAAACGGUUAAGGUCUUAUUCUCCAACAUUGAGGAGGUUCUGGCUGUGCACAAAAGCUUUCUGUCCAUGGUGGAAGAGCUGCUGCAGCCUGACCCUCAUGCUCACCAUGAAAUCGGGCGCUGCUUCUUGCACUUUAGGAGCCGUUUUCAGAUCUAUGAUGAAUACUGCGGGAAUCAUGAGAAAGCCCAGAGGUUGCUGCUGGAGCUCAAUAAGAUCCGGAGCGUCCGGACAUGUUUAUUGAACUGCAUGCUGCUGGGAGGCAGGAAAAACACAGAAGUCCCGCUUGAAGGUUACUUGGUAGCUCCCAUUCAGAGGAUCUGCAAAUACCCAUUGCUGCUUAAAGAGCUCUUGAAGAGAACUCCGAGAAAGCACAACGACUACAUCCAGGUACAAGAGUCUCUCCAGAUGAUGAAGGCUGUUUGCUCCAGCAUCAACGAAGCCAAAAGACAGAUGGAAAAACUGGAGAUUUUAGAGGAGUUGCAGUCGCAUAUCGAAGGCUGGGAGGGCUCCAACAUCACAGAUACGUGCACGGAGAUGCUGAAGCAGGGGGUCCUGCUGAAGAUUUCCGCUGGGAACAUACAGGAAAGGAUUUUCUUUUUGUUCGACAAGCUUUUGGUCUACUGCAAGAGAAAAAACAGGCGAUUGAAAAACAGCAAAACGACCAGUGAGGGUCCUCGCUACCUGUUCAGAGGAAGAAUCAACACUGAAGUGAUGGAAGUGGAGAACGUGGAUGAUGGCACAGCUGACUACCACAGCAGCGGGAACAUUGUAAACAACGGCUGGAAGAUCCACAACACGGCCAAGAACAAGUGGUUUGUCUGCAUGGCGAACACCCCAGAAGAAAAACAGGAGUGGCUGGAGGCCAUCAUGCAAGAAAGGGAGCGGAGGAAAAGUUUGAGACUUGGUAUGGAGCAGGACACUUGGGUUAUGGUCUCAGAGAAAGGGGAGAAGCUCUACCACCUCAUGACUAAGGGGAACCUCAUAAAGGACCGGAAACGGAAGCUCACCACCUUUCCCAAAUGUUUUCUGGGAAGUGAGUUUGUUUCUUGGUUGAUGGAAAUUGGGGAGACGUCAAACCCAGAGGAAGGCGUCCACUUGGGCCAGGCUCUGCUGGAGAACGGUAUCAUCCACCAUGUCACAGACAAGCAUCAGUUCAAGCCCGAGCCUGUGCUGUACCGCUUCCGCUACGACGACGGCACCUUCCAUCCUCGGAGCGACAUGCACGAUGUUAUAUCCAAGGGUGUUCGCCUUUACUGCCGUCUUCACAGCCUCUUCACCCCCGUCAUCAGAGAUAAAGACUAUCAUCUGCGGACGUACAAAUCUGUGGUCAUGGCUAACAAGCUGAUUGACUGGCUAAUAGCACAGGGAGAUUGCAGAUCAAGAGAAGAAGCUCUGAUCUUGGGGGUGGAACUAUGCGACAAUGGCUUCAUGCAUCACGUGCUGGAGAAAAGUGAAUUCAAGGACGAGCCUUUGCUGUUCCGCUUCUUUGCUGAUGAGGAGAUGGAGGGAUCCAACACCAAACACAAACCCUUGAAGCAUGACCUAAAAAUAGUUGAAAAUGUCAUCACCAAGUCUCUGCUGAUAAGGCCAAGUGAUGGAGGCUACGGCUUCACCCUGGAAGAAAGAAACAGAGUUCCCAUCAUCAAAUUCGUGGAGAAGGGCUCUCCAGCGGAGAUGGCCGGCCUGGAGGUGGGGAAGAAGCUGUUUGCCAUAAAUGGAGACCUGGUUUUCCUCCGAUCGUUCUCUGAAGUAGAAGUUUUGCUCCGACAAUGUUUUACAAACAAAGGACCAAUAAGAGUUUUAGUUAGCACCAAGCCGAGAGAGACAGUCAAAAUCCCUGACUCAGCUGAUGGGUUGGGCUUUCAGAUUCGUGGUUUUGGACCUUCUGUGGUCCACGCUGUUGGGAGAGGCACGGUGGCCGCCGCUGCCGGCCUUCACCCGGGACAGUGCAUCAUCAAGGUGAACGGGAUCAACGUGAGCAAGGAGAGUCACGCCAGCGUGAUCGCUCAUGUCACCGCCUGCAGAAAGUACCGGCGACCGUCGCAGCAAGACACCAUCAAAUGGGUGUACAACACCAGUGAGAGUGCUCAGGAGGACAACCAGAAAACCAACCAGAAACCCACCACUGAGGAGAAUGGAGAUGGAUUUGAGUGCAAAGUGGAAGAAGUGAUGGACAAAUUCAAUACUAUAGCCAUCAUUGACGGGAAGAAGGACCAUGUGAGUCUGACGGUGGACAAUGUCCAUCUGGAGUAUGGAGUGGUGUACGAGUACGACAGCACUGCAGGCAUCAAGUGUCAUGUCCUAGAGAAGAUGGUGGAGCCAAAGGGAUUCUUCAGUCUCACUGCAAAGAUCCUGGAGAUGUUUGCGCGUAAUGACGACUUGCUGGUGCAGAUGUGUGGGAUGUUGAGUUCAAGCUGCGAGGUGAUCCCCGAGGAGCUGCAGAAACGCUUCAGCAGCAUGUACGCUGAGAGGGCGGAGCACAUCAACCGGCGCAUCUCCAACUACAGAAAGUUUUCUCGGGUUCUAAAGAACAGAGCGUGGCCCACCUUCAAGCAGGCCAAGGCCAAGGUGUCUCCUCUCCAUAGCAGCGACUUUUGCCCAACGAACUGUCACAUUAAUGUGAUGGAGGUGUCCUACCCGAAAACCACCACCUCCUUGGGCAGCGCCUUUGGUGUGCAGCUGGAGAACAGGAAGAAUUCUUUUGAGAAAGGUAGCUUUAGCAGAGCUGAACAGGGAAAGCUGAGUCCUAUGGUGAACGUCCAGCACACCAUCACGACCAUGGCUGCGCCGUCAGGCCACAGCCUCGGCCGAACAGAAGGUCAUGGACUUCGCUUUUUGCUGAGGGAAGAUGAUUUGCUGAUGCUGGAUGCGUAUCAGAAACUUCUCUACAAACUAACUGCUGUUUUUAAGGAGAUGGAGACGCACGUUGGUCACAUUCACGACCUCAUAUCCUCCAUCACCCAUCCUCCUGCGCCGGAGGUGAGGACCCUCGAAAGCUAUAUUUCUGCUGAGAGCGAGGGGGACAAGUGUGAGAGGAAUGGGAAGAAGGUGUGCUUCAACGUGGCGGGAGAUGAGCAAGAGGACUCGGGGCACGACACAAUCAGCAACAGAGACUCGUACAGCGACUGUAACAGCAACAGAAACUCCAUCGCCUCCUUCACCAGCAUCUGCAGCAGCCAAUGCAGCUCCUACCUUCACAGCGACGAGAUGGACUCAGGGGAUGAGGUGCAGGUACCCUCUUGCAUGUGGCUGUCCCAUGAGAAACAGAAGAAGCUUCACAGCUUUCUCGAGCAUCUGUUUAGCCAGGUGGACACAAUCACCAGCAAUCUAAGAGGACCGGUGGCAGCUCGGGCAUUUGAACAGACCAAAUGCUUCACACCUGGGAGAGGGUUUCAAGAGUUUCAGCAGGAGAUGGAGCCCAAAGUAAACUGCACCAAAAAGUUACGGCUCCACGUCAAGCAGGAUCCCUGGAACCUUCCCAGCAGCGUCCAGGCGCUCACACAAGCUAUUUCUAAAUACGUAGAAGAGGUAAAGACUCGGCUGCUCUUGGUUUUACUGCAGUACACAGAUUCAGAGAUCCAGCUGCGGCGGGACAUGGUGUUUUGUCAGUCUCUUGUUGCGUCCGUGUGUGCUUUCUCAGAGCACCUGCUCGCUGUCCUCAACCAGUUUUACAACGUGGGAAGAGAGCUGGACCAGGACUUUCCGGACCCACAGGAGGCCCAGGAAGCCAGCCGCCGGUGGCUGGAGCAAAUCGCCAGCGCCGGCCUGCUGUUCCACUUCCAGUCUCUUCUGUCCCCAAAUCUGACUGACGAGCAGGCCAUGCUGGAGGACACCCAGGUUGCUCUGAUGGAUCUGGAAAAAGUCACUUUUUACUUCCAGCAAUUUGAAGGAGAACCGCUGGUUGCCAAUACGCCCAUUUCAUACCAAAUAGAGGGCACUCGCCAGGCCGUGAAGGUCUGUUUCUACCUGGAGAGUUUCCACUUCGCACAGCUCCCUUACCGGCUGAAAAGCAGAGGAGGCGUCAAGAUCUACCCUGUGCUCUUCACACAAGCUUUGGAAAGUAUGGAGGGAUACUACUACAGAGACAACGUGUCAGUGGAGGAAUACCAGGCACGGAUCAAUGCUGCCUCACUGGAUAAGGUCAAACAGUACCACAAAAGACUGAGGGCCUUUUUCCUCGAUCAGUCCAACAUGACGCCCAGCACAGCACCCAAAGCUGCUCUUAUAGAUAAGUUAAUGCGCCCCUUCAACGCCCUGGAGGAGCUGUACCGCCUCAUGGAGAGCUUCAUCAGCUGUCGCCGCACCGCUGCCUGCCAGUACACCGCCUGCGGGGCGUCUGGCGUGGGGCUGCUGACUGUGGCCUCCGAGCUCUGUUCACGUCUGGGAGCCACCCAUGUCGUCAUGUGCAACAGUGGCGUUCAUCGCUGCACUCUGAGUGUGACACUGGAGCAGGCCAUCCUGCUGGCUCGAAACCACGGCCUACCCCCUCGCUGCAUCAUGCAGACCACUGACGUGAUGAGGAAGCAGGGGGCAAGAGUUCAGAAUUCUGCCAAGAAUCUGGGGGUGAGAGAUCGAACGCCGUCGUCAGUCCCAAGGUUGUACAAGCUGUGCCAGCCUCCUCCCCCAGAUGGUGAUCCAUAAUGCAUUGCUUCCAAGUCUUACAACCUAAAGGACUCAUGGGAGUUUUCUUUCCACCUAUAUUGUAACCUAAUGAAAAAUAUUUUCCUAUGUAUGUCUGGAUUACUUGCCUAAAGUGUAAAUACAAAUUUUACUUGAUACAGUACUUUAUAUUUUUAAAGGAUGUACUUUUUUCGUAUAUAGAUUUUUUUUUAUCGUUUGAAGCUACACAGCAGUUUGAUGUGAGACGACAAUGAUGAAGGCAGCACAGUCACAUCACAACACUUUCAUUUACCAGAUUAAUUUAGCCACAUUUUAGGAUUGUUUAAAUUCUACGGGAUCAUAAAAAGCAAUUUUUUUGGGGCAAAAUGAAUCAAAUUUGGCAUCAUGAUACUUCACUAUGAGUCUCUUUUUAUCCUUAUUGUCUUGUUGUCUGAUACUUUUUUAGACAAAUUGAUGUUACUUGACACUAAACUGUAAAUAUUCAUAUUUAGUUGAACUUUUGUGUUUUAUAUGAGCAUUUUACAUGGUUUAUAAGACUUAAUCAGGAAAAAAAGCUACAAAAAAAAUCCUGUUUUUAUUUGGAUACAACUCCAUUAUGAUUUGCAGUAAAGUGUCAAACUAAAUUCACUUCUAUGCAAAAAUAAACAUGUUCUUGCAAUGUUUCUCACAAUAAGUCCUUUAAAAAAACAAAUCUGAUAUUUUUUUCUAGCAUGUAUUUCUAUGAAAACCUUUGCUGGCAUCUAUACAGUGUGUAAAGUAUAAUAAAGCAGAUACUAGUAAAUGGA